CCUAAACUAUAUAGAUGGUAAUUUCUAAAUUGGCAUUAGAUACUAAAGAUAUCAAACAUUGAAAUGAAUAUAGAUUUUCAGUAAUAUACAUUAAUUUUAAAGUGUUACCAUUAUGUUUGAAUCAAGUGUUUUAAAUGGACUAACACGAUUAAGUGUUGAAAUUGGAAGUAGUAAAAGUCGAACUGAUGAUGAUUUUAUUGAUAGAAUUAAUCAUUCAUAUACAACAACUGUACUUAUGAUAUGUACACUUGUAAUAAUGGGUAGACAAUUUAUUGGUAAACCAAUAGCAUGUUGGACACCGAAUGAAUUUACUAGUGCACAAGUUGAAUAUGCUACAUUAGUAUGUUGGGUAACUUCAACUUAUUUUAUAUCACCUGAUCAACCAACAAUACCAUCAGAUUUACCGUUACGUAGAAAAGAUUCUAUACAUUAUUAUCAGUGGGUGCCAUUCUUGUUAAUGUUACAAGCUGCAAUGUUUUCAAUACCAUGUAUUAUAUGGCGUUUAUUCAACUGGCAAUCACGUAUUCAUCUGUGGACUGUAAUGGACUUAGCUAGUAAAGCUGGUGAUCUUGAAGAAACACUACACUCUAGUGUAAAUCAUCUUGAAUAUAUUGUUAAACAUUUAGAAGAUGCUCUUAUUAUUCGACAUCGAUAUAAGCAAAGUCGUAAAAAUAACAGUUCCAUUUCAACGGCACAAACAUCUGUAUCUAGUCCAGCUAAUACAAAUGAACAAAUAGUAAAUAAAGAUAAUUCCUGGUAUGCUAUACUUCCGCUUACAAUAAGCAAUAGAUCACGUAUUCCUGGUCCACGACCUUGUUCACCACAAUCAAGCAGUUAUCUUAAUGGAUUAUACUUAAUUAUUAAAGCGCUUUAUGUUUUUAAUUCAACUGGACAAUUAUUUUUGUUAGCUAGGUUCUUAGGUCAAACCACAAUAUUUUUGGACCACAAAUGUUAAUUGAUCUUAUAAUUGGUACACAGUGGUAUCAAAGUGGAAAUUUUCCACGUGUUUCAUUUUGUGAUUUAGAUAUGCGUAAAAUGGGA